AUGUCAGCAUCCAAUGCCACUCACGACACUGGCACCUCUCAUGAAACACUUUCUCUCCAAGAUGUCGUGAAAGCCUUGUUGGAUGUCAAUCAUGGUUGUAAUUUUCAUAUUGAAGCUGUUUAUUUAUUUGGAUCGAGAUUGUAUGGAGUGAAUAUAUUAGAGAUGACACCGAAUGAUACUUCUUCUUGCUCCGAUUAUGAUUUUAUCAUUAUUACCAAUAGAAGUGCAGAUCGGGAACAUUGCUUUCCAUCGUGUAGGCUUCCUGAUGAUUCCCGAUUGACUUUGGAACUUGUUGUUCGAGAUAAAUAUCAUUUAGAUUGUGUCGUGAUGGAUAUUUCCUCUUUCCUACUCGAUACAUUUAUUGAGCAACACAAUUAUAAGGCCAUUUUGCCAUUGUGGCUUUCUGACACCACCACUAGUGACUAUGUUUGGUUUGAGACACCACUCAUGAAAUUAAUUCGAAAAUUUUGGUUGGCCAAUUUAAACGUACGAUUGAGACAAAUUCAAAGAGGAUUGACCUUAUGGUGUCGUAUCACAGCAAAACGAUCGUUUUAUGAUGGAGAUUUGAGGCGAUGUCGAAAAAAUUUAUUGCAUUCUAUUCGAUAUUUGAAAUAUGCUUAUCAAAUUGUGGAUCAAUACCAAAUUAGCAAGUAUCGAAAUGCAAAGAAAUUUCACACACUAUUCUUUGAGAAUACCAAAGACUUUACAACGUGGGAUCAAUAUGAACAAGUAUUUCGACCACUUCAUAAAAAGUUCAAGACACGUCUCAAUGAUACGUGUUAUAACUUGUUUAAGGACGCAGAAAAUGAAACAUCUCAAGUGAAUGACACAGAGGCAUUAUCAAAUUCACAACACUCAUUGAAAUUUUUAGAAUAUAUUGAAAAACAUCAUUUGAGAGACCUGUCAAGAAAUUUUUCAAUUGUGAUUUCUCCAAUAUUUGAAACUCAAAACGAGCGACAAUUACGAUCUGGCAUGCAUGAUGAUCAAUUGUGCCAUGAUGAAUAUUCUGCUUUGGACAUGAUCCACUCUUGGCCACUGAUCGAACAAAAAUUGCAAUAUAUUUAUCAACAUGAAUCACUCAGGAAUUUAAUUCAACAAGAGACCCAAAUUACACCGAAUCUUUUCAAGUUGAUUACUCAUCGAGAAGUGCACAAAAGAUUGGAUAAAUUAAUUCCUCUACGAGAGUGUUGGAAUGGCUCUGUUCUCUCGUUUGAACUUCCUCAACAUUGGCAUGACUUGGAGAAUUUUGCCAUGCAUGAUCUACGCUUAAAAUUAAUUGCUCAUCCCUAUAAUUACUUUUUCCAAUACGACGCUGAUGAUUGUGUGAACAUGUUACAGGAGGAAGAUUCGAAAGAUUCAUUCAUAACAGUCACUAGGAAAUAUCUGGGUACCAUGUGCAUGCUUUUUUACUUCAAUAACGAAUGGAGAAUUAGCACGAACCAAGUCAACGACGAUUGGAAGUAUUUGUUUUCAAGAACCUCACACAGGUUCAAUGAGGACCAAGAUAUUCAACAACAAUUUUGGAAUGCAUUUCACAAUUCCAAAUAUGAAUUACCGGCAGAGACUCAUAUGUGUUUCAUGUUCACUCUCACUUUCAAACCAUUCCUCAACCAUGGAUUACACAACAAUCAACGACAAGAUCAACAACAAUGGUUAAUUGCACAUGGUUGUAGAGACAUGAACACACUCAAGGAACAUUUAAUUGAAACCUAUGCCCAACAAUACCAUUGGAAAACUGCAGAGGUUGUCGACACCAUUUCAAAAAAUCCUUACUUGGAAAUUGUGAAAAAUACCAAAUACAAACCCAAAAAGCGAGCUCCAACAGCUAAUCCAUGGAGAAAGAAACCAGAUGACCUCUGUGUGAAUUUACCACUGCUACCAGUUUUCGAGAAGUAUAUUGAUGAGGCAAAUGAUUUUUCGUGUAACAAUCCUGAACUCUUCUCUGGGUUUGUACUUUGCGAUGAACAAUUCAAUAGGAUAAAAGUAGAAACAUCCAUCUUUUUCAAUAUGGGACAAUUAGAAAUAUUCAGAGAUAGUGAAACUCAAGAGGAAAGUGUCGACUCUGAAAACAAUGAAAUGCUCAUUAUUGAAAUGAUUCGAAAUUUGAGAACGUUCCAAGAGGAAGGCAUUGAUGAUUUAUUGACAAAUCAUGAAAAUUUCAAUAAUAAUAGUAGUACUAUUAUGACAUCAGAAACCAGUGCCAGUCCAAUGUGUGAACCUAUUGACAUUACUCUUGUGAAACAUUUUGUUCCUGCCUUUACAAACAUGUACAUUGAUUUUAGAAAUAUUUUCCGACUUGCCUGUCACAUGAUCGAUCAUGUUUAUAAUUCCUCCUUAAACGAGCUGGAUCAUCGAUUACAAUCAGGAGCAAUUUCAGAAAAAGAUACCAACAAAAUAUUUCCUACAAUCCUUCAAGAGAAGAGCCCUGUGAGUCGACAUUUCCCAUUCAUGUACAUGAGAAAACAUCACAUUGAAACAUGUUUUGAAUUAUUCACACGAAAGUAUUAUUUACACACAGAAGCUAUUCAUGGGUUUCUUUUGGAGUGUAAGCAAAAGAGACACAAUAUUAUUCAACUCUUAUUACAUCAACAGAAACAAGGAAUUUCAACAGAAACAACAAGCUCGGACCUUUGUUGA